AGUGCUGUGGUUGAGACUGCAGUUCCAGAAGCCACUCGGGAUGCUGGGGAACAUGAAUGGACGAGCCCGCGUGAGGGCUCGAGGCAUCACUCACGGACCGAGUGCCACCGAGGUGGGGCAGGCACCGGCCUCGCCACUGCCCACACCAGCUGAUUUUAGAGACAAUGACGUGGCCUCUAGCAGCGGCUUCCUGGGACCAAGCAGGAUUCCACAGCAAGAUAAUAAUGGUUUACCUCAUGGUGAUGUUGAAAGUACCUUUGUGAAAAGAAAUGUGAAAAUGAGACAGAACUUCAUGGAUCUGGGCAUCUGUACCAGAGAGAAAUUGGCACAUGUGAAAGAUUGUAAAACAGGUUCCAGUGGAAUACCUGUGAUGUUGGUUACAAAUCUCUUUAAUUUAGAUUUGCCCCAGGACUGGCAGCUAUACCAGUACCAUGUGACAUAUAUUCCAGAAUUAGAAUCUAGAAAGCUCAGGAUUGCUUUGCUUUAUAGUCAAAGCAUACUUUCCAACAAAGCAAAAGCGUUCGAUGGUACUGUCCUUUUCCUCUCACAAAAGCUAGAAGAAAAGGUCACAGAAUUAUCAAGUGAAACUCGAAGAGGUGAAACUGUAAAGAUGACUGUCACUCUUAUGAGGGAGCUGCCAUCAAGCUCCCCUGUGUGCAUCCAAGUUUUCAAUAUCAUCUUCAAGAAGAUCUUAAAAAAGUUGUCUAUGUACCAAAUUGGACGGAACUUCUAUAAACCUUCAGAGCAAGUGGAAAUUCCCCAACACAAAUUAUCCCUUUGGCCUGGGUUUGCUAUUUCUGUAUCAUACUUUGAAAACAGGCUCCUGCUUAGUGCUGAUGUGAGUUAUAAAGUCCUCCGGAAUGAGACUGUUCUGGAAUUCAUGACUGAUCUCUGCUACAGAACUGGUGUGUCUUGCUUCACCCAGACAUGUGAGAAACAACUGAUAGGACUCAUUGUCCUUACAAGAUACAAUAACAAAACCUAUCGCAUUGAUGACAUUGACUGGUCUGUGAAGCCCACACAUACUUUUCAGAGGCGUGAUGGCUCUCAGAUUACUUAUGUGGAUUACUACCAGCAGCAAUAUAAUAUUACUAUAUCUGACCUAAAUCAGCCAGUGCUUGUUAGUCUGUUGAAAAGCAAGAAAAAUCACAACACUGAGGCUCCAAUUGUCCACUUGAUGCCUGAGCUCUGUUUUCUAACAGGCUUGACUGACCAGGCAACCUCUGAUUUCCAGCUGAUGAAGGCUGUGGCUGAAGAGACGCGGCUCAGUCCUUUGGGCCGGCAGCAGCGCUUGGCCAGGCUUGCUGACGACAUCCAGAGAGACAAGAAUGCUCGUUUUGAGCUGGAGACCUGGGGACUGCAUUUUGGAAGCCAGUUGUCUCUGACUGGCCGGGUUGUGCCUUCAGAGAAAAUAUUAAUGCAAGACUAUGUAUGUCAACCCGUGUCUGCUGCUGAUUGGUCCAAGGAUAUACGAUCUUGCAAGAUUUUAAGUGCACAGCCUUUGAAUAAGUGGUUGCUUUUAUGUGGUAACAGAGCAGAAAAUGUGAUUGAGAACUUUCUGAACUGCUUGAGAAGAGUUGGAAGCCCCAUGGGAUUUAAUGUGGCCUACCCCAAAAUCAUAAAAGUUCAAGAAAAUCCUUCUGCGUUCCUUAGAGCUAUCCAGCAACAUGUGGACCCUGAUGUUCAGUUGGUGAUGUGUAUUCUGCCUUCUAAUCAGAAGAAUUAUUAUGAUUCUAUUAAAAAAUAUUUGAGCUUGGACUGCCCUGUCCCGAGCCAGUGUGUGCUUACUCGGACUUUGAAUAAACAGGGAAUGAUGAUGAGUGUUGCCACCAAGAUUGCCAUGCAGAUGACCUGUAAACUCGGAGGCGAGCUGUGGGCUGUAGAGAUACCUUUAAAGUCCCUGAUGGUGGUUGGUAUUGAUAUCUGCAAAGACACAUUCAACAGGGAAGUGGCUGUGGUUGGAUUUGUGGCCAGCCUUAAUCCUAGAAUCACCAGGUGGUUUUCACGCUGCAUCCUUCAGAAAACAACUGAUAUUGCAGAUUGCUUAAAAGUCUUCAUGACUGGAGCACUCAACAAGUGGUACAAGCACAACCACAGCUUGCCCGCCCGCAUAAUUGUGUAUCGUGAUGGUGUAGGGGAUGGUCAGCUGAAAACCAUUGUUGAAUAUGAAGUCCCGCAGUUGCUAAGCAGUGUAACAGAAUCCAGCUCAAAUAUCAGCUGCAGACUGUCAGUGAUUGUGGUGAGAAAGAAAUGCAUGCCACGAUUCUUCACAGAAAUGAACCAUACUGUCCAGAACCCCCCCUUGGGCACUAUUGUGGAUGCAGAAGCAACACGUCCAAAGUGGUAUGACUUUUAUUUGAUCAGUCAGACUGCCUGUCGGGGAACUGUCAGUCCCACCUACUACAAUGUCAUCUAUGAUGACAAUUGCUUGAAGCCUGACCACAUGCAGAGACUAACAUUCAAACUGUGCCAUAUGUACUACAAUUGGCAGGGCUUAAUCAGUAUCCCAGCACCAUGUCAGUAUGCACACAAACUGACCUUUCUGGUGGCACAAAGCAUCCAUAAGGAACCAAACUUGGAAUUAGCCAAUUCUCUCUUCUACCUGUGAUGACACUAACCUUGGUGUCACUACCCGACGAAUCCAAGAAGUUGUUGGUAUACUUUGUCCAGAUCUGCCAAAGCUGGAGACUGUCACUGAGGAAAGGAAUCAAGCUUAGUUACUUCUGGGAGAACCCAUAAAAUAUCUUAAUCUAAAACAGUCAAAAAGAAAUGUGUGUUAUUUAAUGUUUAAAAAGUUAUAUGCUAGAGAAAGUUCUCAUCGUGGUCCAUGGAACUAAAGUACACCGUCUCCUAAUAGAAUCCUACAAAGUUAAAGAUCUUUUCAGAAAAUGUGUGUGCAUGAUAUUUUGAUGAUAGAUAAAUAGUGUCUAAUCCCCUUUCAAAGUUCAUAGAGGUUUCCUUAAAUAAUGUUGUGGAGUGUUUUGUAGAGUGUUUUUUAAAUAAUUAUGAGAAAAUAAAGUUCAGAGCAUCACACAUG